AUGGCACAGCCGCAAGGCCCACAACCACAGCAACCGCGGCCGAACCCGUUCCCACUCCCCCAGCCCCCACAGCCUUCACCUCCGCCACCCCCGCUGCCAUUGCAACCGCCAACCCUUCCCGUUGCUGCCCCCGCGGCGACACUACCGCCCCUCGUCGAGCAGCGCGUAGUGCACGUGGGGACGUGCUUGACACUGCUGUCAUACGUGCUUGACCAGCUCCAUUUGUGCGUGGUGCGUCAGGGUGUCGAGGUUGCCGGGAUGCUGCCGUCCGAGCGAACGGCGGCCGUGUCCGCCGCGCAGGAGAUGCUGCGCUACCUUCCUUUGAUCGGCCUCGUGUCUGCUGCUCCUGGGGUUGCGCUUGGCCCUGGUCCUGGCGCAGUGAUGCGGCUCGCCGAGUCCGCCCGAGGUGCACCCCUUGGCCUUGUAUCAGCAGCCGCAGCCGUCCUGCGCUGGAUGGACGGGAGGCUGUGCUGGAUACUUGCAGAGUAG